GAAAAAGGAAGUGUGUUACACCAGCCAGAUGACCCACUCCCGCUGCAGCGGGUGCGGCGCGGGGUCCGUGGAGUUUCGGCUGCUCCCGGCGGCCCUAAGCCUUUGAGUCACCGGUGACAGGUGAAGGCGACCGCAGGCUCCUGACCUGCUUGUUCCGGCGGUGACUGGACUGGCGCUUUAGCCGCUUCCUUUUCUCUGUUCUUGCUGACCUUGGCCCAGGGUCGGAGCCAAUGGCGGCUUGGACCAUUGUCAGUCUGAGCCGAACCGCUGCACCCUGCUUGCGGGUUCUAGGCCCUGGAGCCCAGGCGGCUUUUCCGUGCGUCUCCCCAGGCUUUCAGCCCCAUCCCCCGGGCUGUAGCCCCGCUCGGGGUCGGACGCUGCACCGCACCACCGCAGCCCCCGCUGGGCACAACAAGUGGUCCAAAGUCCGACAUAUCAAGGGUCCCAAGGACACUGAAAGGAGUCGCAUCUUCUCCAAGCUUGCUUUGAGCAUCCGCCUAGCCGUUAAAGAAGGAGGCCCCAACCCUGACCUCAACAGCAGCCUGGCCCACAUCUUAGAGGUGUGUCGCAACAAGCACAUGCCCAAGUCAACAAUUGAGACAGCGCUGAAAAUGGAGAAAACCAAGGACAUUUAUUUGUUAUAUGAAUGUCGAGGCCCAGGUGGCUCUUCUCUGCUCAUUGAGGCAUUAUCUAACAGUGGCCCCAAGUGCCAUUCGGACAUCAAACAUAUCCUGAACAAGAAUGGGGGAAUGAUGGCUGAAGGAGCUCGCCACUCCUUCGACAAAAAGGGGGUGAUUGUGAUUGGAGUGAAGGACAAAGAGAAGAAAGAAGUGAACUUAGAACGUGCCCUGGAGCUGGCGAUUGAAGCAGGAGCUGAGGAUGUUAACGAAACUGAAGACGAAGAGGAACAAAACAUUUUUAAAUUUAUUUGUGAUCCCUCUUCACUACAUCAAGUGAGGAAGAAGCUGGACUCCCUGGGCUUGUGUCCUGUGUCCUGUGCACAAGAAUUCAUCCCCAACACAAAGGUGCGGCUGGCUGACCCUGACCUGGAGCAGGCCGCCCACCUCAUCCAGGCUCUUGGCAACUAUGAGGACGUGAUCCAGGUCUAUGACAACAUUGAGUAACCAGACUGUGUGCGCCCUCCACCUCCUUCCUAGGCAACUGGCAGCUUGUUCUGGAGCACAGGCUUCUACAGUGUCCUCUAGACUGAAGUAGGUCUGCAGCCUAGCAGGUUCAAAGGCAUAAGAUCUACAGCUUUGUGGACACAGGAAUCCGCAUACUUCUCAAGGGCCUCUUUGUCAACUCCGCUGGUGUCUCAGAGCGCUCCUGGAUGAGUCUCCCCAUUCCCUCCUGAUGCAGAGUGGGGCUGGUCAGCUGGUCAGACUGUGAUCUCAGGAAGUUGGCCCUUCAGGGGAUGGGGCUGUGAGGGCCCUUUUACUCUUAAAUAAGAGUGUUGCUGCAUUGUUGUUGUAUGGCUCAUGAGUUUUCCUGGUUUGGACCCUCUUGACUACCUUUCAAGUCUAUAAGCCUAGUUCUACUUCUCCAAUCCCAGGACUGUUGUUUUGGGGUCUUUUUUGUUUGUUUGUUUUUUAAUUGACUAUAGAAAUGUAACUCUCUCCAGAUACUCUGUGCUCUAAUGCUGGUUUGAUGGCCUAAACCUGUCAUUCAUUCAUGCAACUGAUGUUUAUCAAACACCUACUAUGUACCAGGAACUAUACUUACUAAGAGCAUUAGCUGUUCAAUUGGUGUCCUGUGUUAGACCUUACUCUAAG